UAAACGGUCACAAUAUAAAAGUCCAAAAAAAUCUGUCAAAUAUUGCCAGCUUCAUUGAAAACCAUAAUCAUGUCUAUCAACAUCAAACCAGUAUCUAACAGGGUGACUACCCAACCUGCACCCAACACUCAAUUAAGCUCCAGAACGGACAUUUACGAAGAAGAAACUGUCGAUGAGGAGGCCUUGAAAGAAGACGCUCAAAGAAUGGACAACAUGAUGCGUCAGUUAAUGGGUGGGGAUGACGAAGAAGAAGUGGCCGAAGAUAUGGAAGAGGACAAACAAGAGGACGAAGAAGAGGAAGAAUUCGCGUUCAAUCUUUUCGGUGGUUCAUCUAUCGCCAAAGUCAAUAUCGCCGACGACAAAGACACCACUGAUAGUUGGGCAAAGGCCGUUUCAGAUAUGCAAGUAUGUGAAUUUGACGAGACCGAUCCUGAAUUUGUGGCUCGCGCUAAGCAGGCAGUAGUUGAUUACGAAACUAUCAUGAAACAAUCAACCACACCAUAUCCUGCAUUACGUUUCCCCCGCCGUAUUAUUCAUAUUUUAUCACCCGAGGAAGAGGCUAAGAAGGCGGCUGGUGAGAAGAAGACUAUCAAGAAGAGAAAGAGCAAAAAGUGCCGUGAUUUUGAAAAGGCUGUCAAGGAGGGAAAGAUUGACCUGAAGCCUAAUAUGAGAAAUCCCAAGACACCCGAUGGCUGGCCUGGAUGGCCCUGUAUUAGAAACAGAGUAGCUAUUAUUGAUUACGAUGCUUCUAAGAAAAGAGAUGCCAGUAGCUCUCGUGGUGGUCGUGGCGGCCGUGGAGGACGCGGAGGAAGUGUACGUGGUGCAUCCAGAGGUAGAGGCAUUAUCAGGGGAAACAGCCGUGGCGGUAGCGGGGGUAUGAUGGCUAGAGCUUAGUUAUUGUAAUAAAUAAAAUGUAUAAAAUUUUAAAAUUUUUUUUAUGAUCUGA